CAAUGAUAUAGCCCUGCUCCCACGUACAACUGUCUACUUUUUAAAGGGACCUACGUUUUCAUACUCAUGACAGCGUAAAUAAAAGUUUUGGAGAUUUCACCAUUGUUCGAACUGGAUCGUCUAACGCUUUCCCGAUUUCCUGUUCCUGUGAGGAAGAGUUACCGGAUGGAGGUGUCCUGUUUGGAGUUGGCGCUGGAAGGUGAGCGUCUCUGUAAGGUGGGCGACUACAGAGCUGGGGUCUCCUUCUUUGAAGCUGCCAUCCAAGUGGGCACAGAGGACCUACAGGUGCUCAGCGCCAUCUACAGCCAGCUGGGCAAUGCUUACUUCCAUCUGCAUGACUAUGCCAAGGCCCUGGAAUUUCACCGGCAUGACCUCACUUUGACCAGGACCAUUGGAGACAUGCUUGGAGAAGCCAAAGCCAGUGGGAACCUUGGAAACACAUUGAAGGUGCUGGGGCGGUUUGACGAGGCUGUGGUUUGCUGUCAGAGGCACUUGGACAUAGCAAGAGACAUUAAUGACAAGGUGGGUCAGGCAAGAGCUCUGUACAACUUUGGGAACGUGUACCAUGCUAAAGGCAAAAGUAUUUGUUGGAGUGGAGCUGAGCCUGGAGAUUUCCCAGAAGAGGUCAUGAUGGCUCUGAGACAGGCAGCUGAGUAUUAUGAGGCAAACCUAGCAUUAGUGAAGGAGGUUGGAGAUCGAGCUGCCCAGGGUCGAACCUAUGGUAACCUAGGCAACACCCACUACUUACUGGGAAACUUCCGCAGAGCUGUGGCUUCUCAUGAGCAGCGCCUGCUCAUAGCAAAGGAGUUUGGUGACCGUUCAGCAGAGAGGCGGGCUUACUGCAACCUGGGGAAUGCCUAUAUCUUUUUGGGGGAUUUUGAAGUGGCAGCUGAACAUUACAAGAGGACACUACAGCUGGCGAGGCAACUGAAGGAUCGAGCUGUGGAGGCCCAGGCCUGCUACAGUCUGGGCAAUACCUACACACUACUCCAGGACUAUGAGAGAGCCAUAGACUACCACCUCAAACACCUGAUCAUAGCCCAAGACCUCAAUGACCGGAUUGGGGAGGGCCGUGCAUGCUGGAGCCUGGGAAAUGCUCACACUGCACUGGGGAACCAUGACCAGGCCAUGCACUUUGCUGAGAAACACCUAGAAAUCUGCAGAGAGACUGGAGACAGGAGUGGGGAGCUGACGGCUCGUAUGAAUGUGUCCGAUCUCCAGAUGGUGCUGGGUCUGAGUUAUAGCACAAAUAACUCCACUUUUUCAGAAAAUAAAGACACAGACUACAACGUGCAUGGAGCAAGGCCCAGGAUGAGCAGAAGACACAGCAUGGAGAACCUGGAGCUGAUGAAACUUACACCAGAUAAAAUGAAUGGUCAGAAGUGGAGCAGUGAUAUUCUGACCAAACAGUCCAAACCCUCCCUGGUCAAGAGCACCUCGAAGUUGUUCUUUGUCAGCCGUUUGCGAGGGAAGAAGUACAAGUCUGGUGGCUCCAGUAAGGUCCUCCAGGACACCAGCAACACCCUGGAUACCAACCAGACAGCUGCACAAGGACCACAGAAGCGACUCAGUCCUGACAUGCUCGGAGACGAGGGCUUCUUUGAUCUACUCAGCCGUUUUCAGAGCAACCGUAUGGAUGACCAGCGCUGUUCAAUACAGGAUAAAGGCAGCAGGUUAUCAUUAAACAGCGGACCAGAGUCACCUCCCAGAUCCAUCAGGAAAUCUGUGUCCGAGUCUGCCAACAUCUCAGGCGCCCAGGGCCACCGUUUGGAGGAGUCGUCAGCAGCAGGGGGAAGCCUGCCUGGCCUCAGACUCAAUCAAAACAGCAACCAGGCCGUGCUCAGCCACCUGAUGGCCAACGCUGACAACGCAGAGCCCGACGAUGACUUCUUUGAUAUGCUUGUCAAGUGCCAGGGGUCCCGUUUGGAUGACCAGCGCUGUGCACCUCCCCCUCCUCCAGUCCGUGGGCCCACUGUACCAGAUGAGGACUUCUUCAGUCUCAUAAUGCGCUCUCAGGCCAAACGAAUGGACGAGCAACGCGUCACCCUGCCGUCUGCAGCCAACGCUUCAGCACGGCCCAGCUCCAGCUCCAACUGAACUAAGCACUAAAGGGACAUACAGGUGUUUUUAUUUCAAAUGUCAUGAAGGUGUGGACAGCGUUGUGAUUAACCAGUGAGAUGGUCACUCCUAAGAAAGUUGUAUGUCUCUACAUUUGUCCUUUUGGACAGAACAAAGCACUGUCAGCCUUGUAUAUAGUGUACAAAAUGAAAAAGUCUCAAAAUUUCUAACUUUCCUCGCACAAGUUGCACAACACCCACAAAAUCUCAGUGGUAAUCAGGGAUUAAAGUGUUGUUUUUUUUUUUAACAUUGUUUUUCAUCAUUUCUUUUCACACAGUGUAUUUUUCAAUACACAACUGCAGUUUGUAUUUAUUGUACUUUUUAUUCUGUCAACUGCCGUCCAGCUACCUUCAACUAAUAAGAAAUGUGGUGUCUGCGUCAUUGUGGACAGAGGUACAGCACUCUGUAUUUUGUUUAUAUGUGAGGUUUUUGUUUGAUUUAAGACUUACAGAAAGCUAUUUUAAGCUGUAACUGUUUGAUAAAAUAAUGAAUGAGUGAAUGAAUUUAACCCAUGUACAGCCCUUAUACUCGUGCGGUCAGAGGAAUAAAACCUCUCGUGUACGCAUUUUGUUCAGACCUUUUUAAAUGUUCAAAGUAAACUGUUCAUUUCAACAAAACAUACAGCUUGUGUAAAAGACACUUUAU